AUGGCUGCUCAAAUCCCCAUAGGGACACGAGGAACUAUCGGAUCGCUUGUACGUAAAGAAAUCGACUACUUCAAAAACAUCAAUACAUGUCCCCAGUUCGAUCCACGGAGAGGCAAUUAUGAAGAAAAGACCAAAAGUUUUCAACAAAGAGAUCGUUCAUCACGGCUGAGUUCUUGGUUCUCUAAAACCAAUUGGAGAAAGAAGAAGAGACAGAGCCGUGGUGGCGGUGGAAGGUUUUUGCCGAGUAUGUGCUCGGCGGUGGAGGUUUCCGGUGACAGUCGAGUUCCUGGUUUCACCUAUAGGAUCUUGAAGAGUGAAGAGAAAGGUUUGCGUGUGUAA